GCGUUGGUUCAUGCACAGUGCUGUUCAUGUAGAUGUAGUACGGGAUACCGUACGGUAUUGAAUGGCGAGACAGUGGUUUUUUGAGAAAUGCCUUGGUGAUAAACUGACACUCGAGUGCAUUAACUUUUUUUUAGUCGAUAUUAAUUAGCAACGAAACGAGCAAAUAGCUGAGAGACCGUGACCAUGAGGUGUUCAUUAUUUAUUGUUGUAGCAUCGGCGCUAUACGCGUCGGCCUCAAUUCGAUUUCCGGGUUAUUUCCAAGUUCAAUCCCCGCCAAGGAUAUCAAAACAACCACCGACUGACGAGCUACUCUUUCAAGUGGCCCAGGCUAAACUCAACGAGAACGACAAACCUUUUCUAAUUGAGUGCGAGGCGGAAGGCGAGCCGGCCCCAACCUAUCGCUGGAUAAAAAAUGGCAAGAAAUUCGAGAGUAGAUCCUACAAAGACCGAAUAAUCCAGCAACCAGGUCGCGGUACACUCGUGAUAGCGCGUCCUCGUGACGAGGAUCUCGGUCAGUACCAAUGUUUCGCGGAGAACGAAUGGGGAAUAGCGACCUCCAACUCUGUCUUCGUCCGGAAGGCCGUGCUGAGCUCCUUCAAAGACGAGGAUCCAAUGACCCUGACAGCCCAGGAGGGUUCGCCCUUCCAGCUGGCCUGUCAACCUCCGGAGGGUUGGCCGAAGCCCAACGUCUACUGGCUCAUUCAGGACACUACGGGAAUAAUAAAAUCCAUCAACAAUUCCCGCAUGACUCUCGACCCGGAGGGAAACCUCUGGUUCUCCAACGUCACUCGAGACGAUGCCUCCGACGAUUUUUACUACGCGUGUGCUGCCACUUCGGUCCACCGAAAAGAAUACAAAUUGGGGAAUCGAUUUCUCCUCAAUGUCAUCUCAACAGGUGCUUCAGCAUCUCACAACAAGCGCCAGCCGGUGGUUCAGUACCUCUCGAAGCCGAAUGAAGUGGCCCUCAGGGGAAAGAAAGUGGAGUUAUUCUGUAUCUUUGGGGGUACGCCCCUUCCUGAAACCGUUUGGAUGAAAAAUGGAGUCCGAAUAAAGCCAAACGAUCGGGUUAAUCACGGAAAUUACGGUAAAUCAUUGAUCAUUAAACACGUCAACUUUGACGACGAGGGCUCAUACAGCUGCGAGGCCUUCAACGGUGUCGGCAAGCCUGGCACUCACUCGAUAGACUUGAAAGUUGUCGCUGUUCCCUACUUCACGGCAGAACCGGAGAUCCACACAGCAGCUGAGGACGAGACAGUUGAGUUCAGGUGCGAAGCAUCUGGUGUACCUCAACCCAAGAUAGAGUGGAUUCACAAUGGCCGGCCUAUCACCGAGGCGCCGGCGAAUCCCCGUCGUAGAGUCACUGAAACGAGGAUUAUCAUCGAAGGACUGACGAAGAAGGACACAGGAAAUUACGGCUGCAAUGCAACUAAUUCCCUGGGAUAUGUCUACAAGGACGUCUACGUCAAUGUUCUCGCCCUCGAGCCGGAGAUGACGGAUCCACCGAUGAACGAGGCCACAGUGGAUGGUACCACUGUGCAGAUGACAUGCCAUGUCAUCGGGGCGCCGAAACCCACGAUCAAGUGGCUAAAGGGGGGAGAGGAAGUCAGUGGAGAGCGAUACAAAGUCCUGAGCACUGGUGAUCUUCAGAUAUCGAACGUUCAGUUUGGGGACGCAGGCACUUACACUUGUCAUGCCCAGAAUAAAUUCGGUCAAAUCGAUGCGUCAGCGAAUCUAGUGGUGAAGGAGCACACAAGAAUUAUGAAGAAACCGAAGGAUUAUGAAACAGCUGCUGGAGAGACAGCGAUGUUUAGGUGUAUUGCAGUAGCUGACUCCAGUUUGACUCUGGAGAUAGAGUGGCUGAAGGACGACGAGACGAUCGAUACAGAUGUCGAGCCGAGGUUCAUCGUCACCAGCGACUCCUCUCUUUCCAUUACGAAGACUGUCGAAUCAGACUCAGGGGUUUACUCCUGUCGGGCUUUCACUGAGCUCGACGAGCAGAAGGCAAAUGCCAAUUUGACAGUUCAAGAUGUACCUGAUGCGCCUGUUUUGUCGAGCAACGAGUGCUACGAGCGUCAGGCGAGAAUCACCUGGACACCGAGGAGGGACAAUCAAGCACCUAUAUUGCGUUAUCAGGUUCAGUAUAAUACUUCGUUUACACCGGACAUCUGGGAGACUGUUCGCGAUAAUAUCGCACCCAGCGAACGAACCGCGGGCAUCGAUAUGUCCCCCUGGGCCAAUUACACAUUCAGGGUCAUCGCCUGGAAUAAAAUAGGGGCCUCACAACCGUCAACUCCCUCGACAGUCUGCAGGACUCAGCCUGACAUCCCUCACAAGAAUCCCUCCAACGUUAUGGGGAAUGGAACAACUCCGCAGAACCUCGUUAUCAGCUGGACUGUCAUGCCCCAGAUCGAGCAUCAUGCACCCAAGUUUAUUUACAAAGUGUACUACAGACGCGAUGUUCCCGGUCAAGAGUGGACAAAGGUGGAGAUCAAUAACUGGAGGACCAACAGACUCGAGGUGGACAAUCAGCCGACUUAUCAGAGGUAUCAAAUCAAAGUGGUAGCGCAGAAUGAAAUUGGAGAGUCUAGAGUAGUUCCUGACAUAGUUAUGGGAUACUCCGGAGAAGAUCAGCCGACUACAGCACCUGGGAAUUUUACGGUUGAAGAAGUUAGGUCGAGUACAACUGCUGUUUUGUCUUGGUCUCGAGUGCCUUUGGAGUCUGUCAGGGGAGAGCUCAAGGGGUACAAAGUGCAGACGUGGACAGAGAGGGAUGGAGAGGAUGGCAUGAGAGAGAUUACUCUGGAGGGGGCAGGCAUCACUCGAGCUGCAAUCGACAAGUUCGUUCCCUUCAGCAAAAAUUAUGUGAGAAUGUUUGUUUUCAAUGGGCGAUUUAAUGGACCUCCCUCGGAGACACUGAGCUUUGAUACUCCAGAGGGGGUACCGGGAACUGUUCUCAGUCUUGAUGCCUAUCCCAUGGGCUCCAGUGCCAUGAUGCUGAGGUGGACCAAGCCGAUUGAGCCCAAUGGUAGACUCACUGGUUACAGGAUUUAUUACGAAAUUAUCAAUGGGACUGAGGUGGGACCUCUCGUGGAGAGGGAGCCCAGAGUGAUGCAUCCAGAGGCUGAUUCUGCUAAGAUCGCUGGACUCAGGCAAGAGACCAAGUAUAGAGUCCACGUCAGGGCAACUACCAGUGCUGGAGAGGGAGUCGAUUUCUAUGUCGAGGAGAGUACCAGGGAGUCUAUGACACCUGAUGUUCCCACAUUCAGGUGGGAGACCAUUCCUAAAGAGAAUGGUCUCGCCAAUGUCAAGGUCAUUUGGCUGCCUGAUAGGGGGGGAUACCCUGGUAGCAGCUUCUUUGUUAAUUACAAACAACCGAAUCAGGCUGUCGAGGAUCGCACUGAACCUGAGUACUUGAACAAUGAAAUUGAAAUCAGAGGACUGCAGAGUGGAGAGACGUAUGAAAUGCAAGUCGUUGCAGUUGAUGGGAAAUACAUGACACCCAGCAAGUGGCAGCUGGUCGAGACCAGCAGUGAGGGGCCUAUUAUUCAGCCUAAGGAGAAUGUGGCCACCGCAGGAUGGUUUAUUGGCAUGAUGCUGGCUAUAGCAUUCCUCCUAAUGGUGCUGAUUAUUGUAUGCGUGAUAAAACGCAAUCGUGGUGGCAAAUAUGCCGUGCACGAACGCGAACUUGCGGCUGGAAGGGGUGACUAUCCAGACGAGGGUGGAUUCCAUGAAUAUUCACAGCCCCUGGACACUAAAUCGGCGGGGGGUCGUGCCUCGAUCGCGUCAUCGUCUCAUCAGGAUGGAAAACAUCCGGAGUCGGACACUGACUCCAUGGCAGAGUACGGGGAGGGUGACACUGAGGGCAUGAACGAAGAUGGAUCGUUCAUUGGUCAGUACGGGAGACAGAAGAAACCGGAGCCCAAUUCUCAGGCAUUCGCAACAUUGGUUUGAGGUAUGUGAUAAGGACGUUUCACCGAAGACGGAUCAUUUAUCGGGCAAUACGGACCGAAGAACCGACCCGAUGGAACUCCAUCCCUUCAAACCGGCUCAAUGGCCACGUACGUCUAACGAGACUAAAAACCCAGUGUGUUGAAUCAUCAAUAUUCAUGUCCAUGACAGGGACACUCAUGCCUGCCGACAAUGCAGCUAAUUAAAAAAGAAUAAUACACCUUGCGCCGGGCGCAAUGUCCACUUCUUACUGCCAAUUAGAAUUUUUUGGGUUUUGGGUUUUAUAUAUCAUCUGAGUGGCAAAAUUGACUGAAUUCAACUUCAAAAUCUCACAAUUUUACAAUCUUAAAAUCACAAAGACUCGUGAAUUUCAUGAUUUUCAACUGAAAUCUCCAAUUCUCACGACAUAUCGUUCAUCAACGACUCAACAAGUAUUUUGUCUAACGAAAAACAACAGUUUAUUGACUGUUUAUUUUUCAUUAACAAUUCAGAAGAUUAUUCCAUCCAUCAUUGAAUCCCAAGAAUUUUCCCACAUUUAUUAUAAAACCCAAAGGCAUUAGAUGUUUUUUCUUAGCGGGCUAUUUACAAUGAGAAAAUAAUUUGUGAGAGCUAAAAUCGUGUUAGAGAAUAUUAUCGCAUCACCAGAUGCUUUUUUCGAAGCCUUAAAAUUAUAAACAUCAGCCAGGUGAAUAAUUCAUCCCAAUCGGAAGAAGAAACAAUCCGAUUGAGUUAAAUCAUUCAGCCUGAGUGACUGUACAUUAAUUAUUUCAACCGUUUUUUCGUCAUUAUUCGGCCUAGAUUAAUUAGCUUAAACAGGGUAACGUGCGUUACGUUUUUUCCUAUUUAAUAUGAAAGUUAAAAGAAAUGAGUUGACUGGGCUCCUUCGACUGAAAUUAAAUUAUUUCUUAUUAUGUUCAAAUAUUUGGUGAGGCGAAAUGAUCAGUAAUGUCAGCAUUAUUGAUGUGCUCGAGACAAAUAUAAAAAAAAAUUUAAUAUACUAAAGAUUUUAUUGACUGCUAUUAAUAUUGAAUUUAUGAUAACGUAUAUAAAUUCUCAACUGAGCGAGGACGACAGCGAUUACGUGUACCACAAAUUAAAAGAAUUAAUCAUUAAAUUAUUGCAGUAAAAUUGAGGUAAAAACACGUAUUGCCGGCCCGAUCCUCAACCAUUGACGUAAUAAUUUUUCACAAAAUUAUCAUGAUAAAAGUAAUGAGCAAGACUUUUCAUAUUGAAAUAUCAGAGAAUGAGAUAAGCAACGGCAAAUUAAAAUAUUCAUUCGUUAACUGAGUGUCGCUGAAUGUUGCUUUUUCUGUGAGAACACGCUUACGUCGAUUAUCAUUUAAUAUUUAUAUUGAAUUUUGAUAACAAGUUUUCUUUGGCACGCCAUUUCUAGACUAGAUUAAUGAUAAAGGACUAUUUAAUAUAUUGAAUCAUUGAAUAUAUAUAGAAUAUAUUAUAUGAGUUAGUGUUAGAUUUUCGAGAGAAAGUGACAACACAAGAGCAGCUAUUAUAUUAGAAUUAUUGCAUUAUAUGUAACUAUCAUUGAUUCGCACCAAAAGACACAUAGAAUUACGUUGAGUUGCGAUGGUUUUUUAUUUCAUUUUUUUUGUAUAGGAGAUGCUAAAGAAAAUGAAAAACUAUGGGUUGGGCUUGGAAAAUUAAUAAUUGGACGGGAAUAGUGAUGAAGCUAUCGAGGUAUUACACAAUCGGUGAAUUAUUUCGUAUAUUUUUCUAUCGUACCGAGGACGUAUAGAAUAAUAAAACUGUUUAUCCAUUAAAUCCCCCAUCCCAAAUCACCUUGAAUCUCAAUUUAGAUCUGUGGUUGACCAGUGGCAGCUACUUCUCCCCGUAAACUUCCAGUAUUUUUUUUUUAUUUCAGCAGUAAUGUUGUUAACCGACUUGAAUCUGUUCAGAUUGUCUGUGGGUUUUCUAAGAAUAUCUCGGGCUCUAAGGAGCAUGAAAAAUGUUUCCUCCAAUAUUCAUUGUAGAGAAAAAUUUUGCUUUUCGCCGUAGAUUCGGAGAUAUUCGUAGAAAAUUCAUCGAACAACUGAGUCGACCUAAACCGGUUUACCAAUUCAUUGAUGAUUUGAAUUCAAGACGUUAGUGACUUACGACGUUUAUUUUCUAUAAUUUUAAGGCUUCCCUUGAGUAUUGCAUUGACAAAAUUCACUUUUUGAAUGGUGAAUCAAAGUUCGGAACAAUAAUUUUAGGGGUAAAUGUACUAAAAUCAUUGACUAGUUGUUGGUGGGGGGGAAGAGUGAAAUUUUACAAUGGAAUUACUCAAAUGCUAUUCAUGUCUGCAUUUUAUGAUGACUAAGGAGAUAGUAGGAGUAUUAUACCAGUGAAAAUAGCAAUUGUAAAACGGUACUCAAUUAGUAUUUUGUAUGGAACAGUAGAGAAAAUUGCCUAGGUUCGAUUCAUUCAUUUUUCAUUCGUCAGUUGCGAUGUAAAUCGCUACUACUUUUCAUUUCAUCCGGAUGAUUUUUUUUUCUGGGUUUCGAACUGCCGAGAAUAGCCAAUUGAUGUCACUAAUCAUUCGUACAAUACUCAAGAUCAUUGAGCAGUUCAAAUCAACAGUUGUGUCAGCAUUAUUCGAAUUGAAACAUGAGACAAAUUGAUUACUCGUAUUGAUACGAAUGGUUGUGACGAUCUUAAAUAUAUACCCCGAUAGAAUAAGAGAGAGUAUUUGUUCCUUUUGUGAGAGACACAGGGCAAAUCGCACGAUUUUUUCAUUAGUCUCAGUAAUCAUUUCAAUGUUCUACCGAAAUGAGGAAUAAUUAGCAGUCGCAGCUGUGAUUGUAGCGUUUUGUAUUGGAAAUUAAUUGAAGUGAGAGGGAUUGUACAUCAGAAAUCCACAAGACUACUGUAGUUUAUAUGUGAUUAUUAUAGUUUGCGUUGUUAGAGUUCCAGUGCAAAUUUUUCCUUUUUUCUGUUGAAACUUAGUUGACGAUGUACUGUCGAUCUUUAAUAACGUGCAUUCCAUCAUACGUCCAUGUAACAUCUCCCAUGUCAAUAAAAGAAUUAAAAAUUAAA